AUGGUGAGCCUUUGCCCCUGCCCCGCAUCGUGCCUGAUCGCCGCGCAUCUCUACUUGUCGGGACAUACACUUGGCAUUCACGUUGAUAGGCUAACAGGUGAUGCGCCCGCAGGACUUUCUGUUUUCUUGUUCAUACUUACGCUGUGGGUCCUCUUGCGGAAUCGGAAGAAGCGCCGCGUCAACUGGUCGAUGGUGUGCGCAUCGACAGCGCUGCUCGCCUUCUCCACCAUGGAGAUGAUCGUCAACAUUGUGCGCCUAUACGAGGGCUUCAUCAGCAAGGGCCCGAAACAACCCGGAGGACCCGAGGCAUAUUUUGGUAACGUCUCGGAGGUAUCGUUCGUGCUCAAGAACGCGCUGUACAACGCGCAGACCCUCAUCCUCGACGGUGUUGUCAUUUAUCGCACGUACAAAGUGUGGAACAACAUUUAUGUCGUCAUCGUCCCCAUACUUGGGUGGCUGGGCCUCGUUGCAUUCUCUAGCGGCGUGGGGUACUCUCUCGCGACCACAUCGGCGGGGUCGAAUGACCUUUUCGAGCGGGACACCAGCCUCUGGCUUACCGGCAACUGGUCCAUGACCCUCAUCACCAAUAUAUGCUCUACCCUCGCGCUCGCGUACCGGAUCUGGCAGGUUACGAGUAAGUCCGCGCAGUACAGAUCCGGGGGCCGUCUCUCGCCCAUCCUACGCAUCAUCGUCGAGAGCGGCGCGCUGUACUCGAUCACUGUCACCGCUGCAUUGGUCCUCUUCUUGCUUCACUCCAACGGCGUGUAUAUCGUUCUUGACAUGAUCUCGCCCAUCAUCUGCAUCGUGUUUAACAUGAUCAUCGUGCGCAUCGGCCUUGCCGCGGACGGCACCCUCAUCCCCGAGCCGACCCAGCCCGUGCCCGCCCCAACGCGCGCCUCCGACGCGUCCCGCCCGAGCGCGGCGAUGCGGCGUAUGGUGCGGCGGCAGCAGUCGGACACGGAGAUGAAGGACAUCAACAUCACGGUCGAGAUCGCGCAGUUCGUGCACGAGGAUUUGGAGUCGCGGUCUUCGCGCGAGUCGCAGGACAGGCCGAAGACGCAGAGCGAGCGCGUGCAGAGUCCUGUCUCGCUCACGCUACGGAGCCCUACAAGACAUGGGUUUGGGAGCGCGCCGGACGACGGGGUGCUGUCUGUGUUGGAGCGGUCGAUAUCGCCGCAGGGUGGGCAGAACGGGAGCCAGAUACAUGUCGUUGCCCUUUGA